AUGAAAGUAAACUCUUAACAAGAGCAGAUUGAAAAAAAGCAACAAGCAGAAGAAGAAAAGUCUGGCUAUUCGUUUAUGAAAUCAUUCUUUGGUGGGAUCAUUUAACACCUUCCUCCUAAUAUCAUAGAGAAAGAAUUGUAUAAACCUUAGGUAAAUUAGCCAGCAAGUGGAAAUAGUAAAUCGAUUUCAAAAUCAGCUUCAAAACCCUCAACUGCUAAAAUAGAUAAGAUAUAACAAGAACAAGAAAUGCUAUAAUGCUAAAUAGCAGGGUAGAAUAAAGUAAUCCUUGGUGGUUGGCUAGAAGUUUCUCUUAGUCAGGGCGAUAUAACUGAGGAAAAAGUAGAUGCCAUUGUUAAUGCUUCAAAUGAGCACUUAAUUCAUGAUGCUGGCGUUUCAAAGGCUAUUCUCAUGAAAGGAGGAAUUAGAAUUCAAGAAGAGUCAGAGUAAUGGCUGAAGAAGAAUUAAUAGGCUUAAAUAGGAACAGCUAGAGUUAUAACUACCUCUGGUUUAAUGAAGAAUUGCAAGUAUAUUAUUCAUGCUGUUGGUCCAGUGUGGACUAAUGGUUUAAUAGAAGAUGAAAAAUUGCUAUAUGAUUGUAUAAGAGAUGUAUUCUUAACUGCUAUUAAAUAUAAUUGUAAAUCUGUAGCAGUUCCUGCUAUCUCUACAGGGUUUUAUGGAUUCCCUAAAAAUCUAUGUGCAGCUCAUUUCUUUAGAGCAGCUGAAGAUUUUUGCUUUGAAAAUUACAAUAAUGAUAGCUGCCUGAAAUAGAUUCGCUUUACUGUAUUUGAUGAUGAAACUUGGGAGGCAUUUUAUAAUGAAUUCACUUGGAGAUACAAGGGAAGAGUAUUUUGCUUCCCAAAUACAGGUACAUUUAAUGAAGGAUUAUUGGCAAGAAACUUUAAAAGAAUAAGGGGUUAAGCUAGUUAAAAUUUUAGCUAAGGAUUACAGAAGUAGUAAAUGAGUAAUGAAGAAAAUGACUAGUCAUAUUAUGAAGAAUUAGAUGAAGAAGUAAAAGAAUAGAUUUCAAUAGCUUAAUCAAAUUCAUCAGAUUAAAUAGAUCAACAAAAAGUAAAAAACGUGAUUUUGAAAGAGGUAUAGACUUAAACUUUAACAUUUGAUUAACUUGCCUAAGAGAUUAGGGAGACAAUUGAAGUUGAUGGCAUGAAUAAGUAGUUUAGAUAGAUAUAGCUAAAUAAGGGCUGA